AUGAGUGCCGAGGGGUACCAGUACAGGGCGCUGUACGACUAUAAAAAGGAGCGGGAAGAAGACAUUGACUUGCACUUGGGGGACGUACUGACUGUGAAUAAAGGGUCCUUAGUAGCUCUUGGAUUCAGUGAUGGACAAGAAGCCAGGCCUGAAGAAAUCGGCUGGUUAAAUGGCUAUAAUGAGACCACGGGGGAGAGGGGGGACUUUCCGGGAACUUACGUAGAAUACAUUGGAAGGAAAAAGAUCUCACCGCCCACACCAAAGCCCCGGCCACCUCGACCCCUUCCUGUUGCACCAGGUUCUUCAAAAACUGAAGCAGACAGUGAGCAGCAAGCUUCGACUCUUCCAGACCUUGCAGAGCAGUUCGCCCCUCCUGACGUUGCUCCACCGCUUCUUAUCAAGCUAGUGGAAGCCAUUGAAAAGAAAGGUCUGGAAUGUUCAACUCUAUACAGAACACAGAGCUCCAGCAACCCAGCAGAAUUACGACAGCUUCUUGAUUGUGAUGCUGCCUCCGUGGACUUGGAAAUGAUCGAUGUGCACGUUUUAGCAGACGCUUUCAAACGCUAUCUCCUGGACUUACCAAAUCCUGUCAUUCCAGUAGCCAUUUACAGUGAAAUGGUUUCUUUAGCCCCAGAAGUGCAAAGCUCUGAAGAAUAUAUCCAGCUGUUGGAGAAGCUGAUUAGGUCGCCCAGCAUACCUCAUCAGUACUGGCUCACGCUGCAGUAUUUGCUAAAGCAUUUCUUCAAGCUCUCUCAAACGUCCAGCAAAAAUCUUCUGAAUGCAAGAGUGCUCUCUGAACUCUUCAGCCCCCUGCUUUUCAGAUUCCCGGCAGCCAGUUCUGAGAAUACUGAACACCUCAUAAAAGUUAUAGAAAUUUUAAUCUCCACUGAAUGGAAUGAACGCCAGCCUGCACCAGCACUGCCUCCUAAACCACCAAAACCCACUACUGUAGCGAACAACGGUAUGAAUAACAAUAUGUCCUUACAAGAUGCUGAAUGGUACUGGGGAGAUAUUUCGAGGGAAGAAGUGAAUGAAAAGCUUCGAGAUACAGCUGAUGGGACCUUUUUGGUACGAGACGCAUCUACUAAAAUGCAUGGUGAUUAUACUCUUACACUAAGGAAAGGAGGAAAUAACAAAUUAAUCAAAAUAUUUCACCGAGAUGGGAAAUAUGGCUUCUCUGACCCAUUAACCUUCAACUCUGUGGUUGAACUAAUAAACCACUACCGGAAUGAAUCUCUAGCUCAGUAUAAUCCCAAACUGGAUGUGAAAUUACUUUAUCCAGUAUCCAAAUACCAACAGGAUCAGGUUGUCAAAGAAGAUAAUAUUGAAGCUGUAGGGAAAAAAUUACAUGAAUAUAACACUCAAUUUCAAGAAAAAAGUCGGGAAUAUGAUAGAUUAUAUGAAGAUUAUACCCGUACUUCCCAGGAAAUCCAAAUGAAAAGAACAGCUAUUGAAGCAUUUAAUGAAACCAUAAAAAUAUUUGAAGAACAGUGCCAAACCCAGGAGCGGUACAGCAAAGAAUACAUAGAAAAGUUUAAACGUGAAGGCAAUGAGAAAGAAAUCCAAAGGAUUAUGCAUAACUAUGAAAAGUUAAAGUCUCGAAUCAGUGAAAUUGUCGACAGCAGAAGGAGAUUGGAGGAGGACUUGAAGAAGCAGGCUGCCGAGUAUCGUGAGAUUGACAAACGGAUGAACAGCAUUAAACCAGACCUCAUUCAACUGAGAAAGACAAGAGACCAAUACUUGAUGUGGUUGACUCAGAAAGGCGUUCGGCAGAAGAAGCUGAACGAGUGGCUGGGCAAUGAAAACACUGAAGACCAAUAUUCGCUGGUGGAAGAUGAUGAGGAUUUGCCCCACCACGACGAGAAGACAUGGAACGUUGGCAGCAGCAACCGAAACAAAGCCGAAAACCUGUUGCGAGGGAAACGAGAUGGCACUUUUCUUGUCCGGGAAAGCAGUAAACAGGGCUGCUACGCGUGCUCCGUAGUGGUGGACGGUGAGGUCAAGCACUGCGUCAUCAACAAGACGGCCACGGGCUACGGCUUCGCCGAGCCCUACAACCUGUACAGCUCCCUGAAGGAACUGGUGCUCCACUACCAACACACGUCCCUCGUGCAGCACAACGACUCUCUCAACGUCACGCUAGCCUACCCGGUGUACGCGCAGCAGCGGCGAUGAAGGGCCGCCCUCCCGCCUGCUUCUCACCGUCAGCUCCCCGAGGCCUCCAGCAAGCACAGGGCUCCCCUGCAGCCCGACCUGGGAACUGAGCUGUGGACACCCAGCCGCCCGUCUUCAGAUGUGACUCGAGCUUUCGAUCACACGGCAGUAGGGGAAGACACAUACGCGGCGGGCUCGCACUGGGCGACGACCACCGUUCCUCGUCUGGAGCGCUUAAUUAGCCUUCCUUUCUUUCCUCGUCCUUUCUUCUUUUUGGUUUUGUUUUUUGGAUUAAUUUAAAGUCACAACCACACACGACACCAAGAGAAAAAGAAAUGCAAAAAUCUCUGCAUGCAGGGACAAAGAGGCCUUUAACCAUGGUGCUUGUUCGUGCUUUCAGAAGCUUUACCAGCUCAAGAGUUGGGACCUUGGAGACCGGAGCGGGGACGGGCUGACGAGCCCUGGCCUGGGGUCGCUCAGUCCAGCCUGGGUGUUGCCGUGCACGGUGGCCCCAGACACAUCGCACUGUGGAUUAUUUCAUUUUCUAACGAAAUGAACCGAUAUGUAGCAGAAAGGCACUUCCCGCUCACAGGGGACACUUUGGGGAACGUACGUUCAGAGGAAAUUCUGUUGUAGCAAAGUGCCAGAAAGUGUUUCGUUAAAACUCUACAAACCAAGAAAACCCACCAACAGAAAAAUGGAGCUUGGAAAAUAGGACUUCAAAAUGACAUUUAGUAUAUAAAAUAUGUACAUAAUAUUGAAUGACUAACUAUCAAAUAGAUGGAUUUGUAUCAAUACCAAAUAGCUUCUGUUCUGUUGUGCUGAAGGCUAAAUUCACAGUGCUAUGCAAUUCUUAAUUUUCAUCGUUGUUACCUGUUUUAAACGUUACCUUCAGAAUAAGCUGCCCCUGCCCCAAUUUUUUGUUGCUUGAAAACACUGUCCCUGAUUUUUUUUGUUAAUAUUCAUUUUGUUACUCGUUACCUUUUUUUUAAAAAGAAGAAAUGUACAGGAUGCCAGUUUAAAAAAAAAAAAAAAAAUGGCUUCAGAUUUAAAACUGAAAUAUUUUACAGUUUUUCUUGUACAGAGUACUUGGCUGUUAGCCCAAGGUUAAAAAGUUCAUAACAGAUUUUUUUGGACUAAAUGUUUUGUUGGGCAGUGCCUGAUAAGCUUCAAAGCUGCUUUAUUCAAUAAAAAAAGAGAAA